AUGUCCUCCUCCUCCUCCUCGUCCAUGGGCGCGCUCGCCGCGGCCACUGCCAUGGCGCUCUCCGGCUCCCUCGUCCUCUUCUCCCUCCGCCGCUUCGCCAAGCCCAGCCUCGACGACGACGCCCCUGCCUCGGACGACCCCGCGUCCCUUCGUCCAUGCCUCUCCCCCUCCUCCUCCUCCUCCUCCUCCUCAGACAAGCGGCCGCGCGGUGGGAAGCUGCGGCGGAAGGGGGAGAAGCGGGUGCGCUUCGCGGAGGGAGUCAUCGACAAUGAGGGCGCGCCCCCCGCGACCAGGUCCUCCUCCGCGCCCCCGCCGUCGCCGGCAGCGGCCGAGCCGACGUGCAGGGGAAGCGUGACGGGAUCGGACCACCGGAUGCCGGCGAACAGGGAGGCGCUGUACCGCGGCAUGCUCCGCGACCGCUCCGUGCACAGGACCGCCUACUCCUACUGA